AUGAGUUUGUUCAGAUGGAUUGGAAAACUUUGCGGUAGUAGUCAAGCAAGGGCUCCAAGACGGCACAGGUCGGUCGAGAAUAACCCAAUGUCUCCAUCAAGUUCGAUGCCUCUUAGGAGGACUCUGCGAAUGGAGAGAUCUGAUAAAAUUGACCUUCGAAAUGUGAUAAAAUCUUCUGUAAAGAAAGAAGAUAUUCUUGUCUGCGAAUACACGCCAAAGAAGAACAGAGAAGAGACUCGGUUCAGAUGUUCCAUCUGCUAUACCUUCUACAGUGACAUCUUGGAAUGCUCUGAAUGCAGCAAUUAUGUGUGCAUAUUCGAUGUGGAGAAGUUCAUAAUCUCAGUGAACCAGCCAACUUGUCCCUUCUGCUCUUCGUCACCAGUGGUGUUCCGAGACGUGACCAAGGACAUCAAUAUGGUUAAACACUACUUUUCCAGCACUGAGAAGAGUGAAGAGAGCAAGAAUGAUGUCAGAGAGUAUUGGAAGUCUCAUGCGAGAGUCACAAAUUCAAUAAAGUUUGUUGCGAUUAAUGAUACCAGGAAUGUUAAUGGUGGCAUGGCCACUAAUGAAAAACUCAAAAUAAUGGCACUAGAUCAUGAGAGACAGACUAUUACUCCAAUGUGAAUGAAAGAAGUCAGCAAUAAUUUGAGGCAAGAGACUGAAGAAGAUGAUGUACGAAGAGGCUUGUUUCAAACACCAAUAAAUAAAAAGAAGAUCUCAAAAGAUAAGAUUAGAAAAAGAUUGAGCAGAGGAGUUGGGCAUCAAAUAAUCCCUUCACUCCAUCUCAGUAGUAAAGAAGGAAGCAACUAUUUUAAACCAGAAAAUAAUGAUCACUUAAAGUUCAUAAGCUCUGGAGAAGAUCAAGAAACUUAUAGCAAAGGAUGAUAUCCAGCAGUAUUAGAGUCUGCAACUAGUGAAGAAGUUAGUAAUAAAUUAGUAUCUACUAUCGUCAAAGACAAAGAAGAAAUUGUGAGCCUUCAUACUCAUAAUUCCUUAUUAAUGGGAAGUUCUAUUAAAUCUACACCUGAUCACGAUAAUCUUAUUAGAGAAGAAAGAAAAUCAGAGAUGUAUAGUGAUACAAAUCCUCAUCAAAACUAUCCAAGAGUUCUUAGUUCAAAAGACUCCCAUUAUGAAGAAACUGAAAAUAUUCAAGAAUCAAGUAAUUACUCAGGCAGCAGCCAGACUGAGUUCUUGGCUGAUAAUCCAAAAAUUACAGCAAUGAUAGAGGUCAUACCUAAGAGACAAUCAAAUGAUCAGUCUUCUCGAAAGGAUCAUCCUGAUUUGUAUAAAUACCAAAGCUAUCGAGGAACAAAGGAUGACCCCUACGAUGUCCUUAACAUGGAUAUUGGUGAAACUAUUAUAUCUGGAAGUGGCCAAAUUCCCUUCCAAUCUCCUAAACCUAGAGCACUGAGUGAGGAUUCAGUCAAAGGAGAUCUCCCUAAAAUAACUAAUGUUAAGAACCAAGUUGAAUUCCAAAAAUCAGGAAUUCAGUUAAAUAAGAGAACGAAAUGCAGUCUCUAUAAUAAAUUAAGUAAAAGAGGGAUCAACAAAUUUGCAAGGUCGACCUCAAGAAAACUUGUUCCAAAGAAGAGAUUUGCAAAUAGUAGUUCUUCGAAGCGGUUGAAUAUGAAGAACACGAAACUGAGCUCUAUCAGGAGAAGUACUCGCUCAUUUAACCCUUUCAGGGAAAGAAUGAUGUUCAAUUAUAAGAAUAAGAACAAACAAUCCAUCCAGAGAAUCCCUCCUUCAUCUGGUGAAGUACUAGUUCAGGAUAAUGUUGAGAAUGAAGACCUAAAUAUCAGUGGAAGUGACUACAGUAAGAACCAUGUGGUUUCAAAAUACCUUAACUCCAGGACAAAGGCCCAUGGAGAACUAAAUUAUGACGAGAAGAGACCAAUAAUGACCGGGCACAGUUCUAGGCUAAGACAGCUAAACACUAAUCCUGAUUCUAAAUAGAGAUACAGGAGUGAACACAAGUUCUUUAAAGAAGAAAAUUUUAAUGGAGAGCCAAGGUGUUAAUUUAAGAUUAACCAAUGCUAGAGAGACAGGAAUGAUCAAUACUAUUUCAUCCAGUACAGCUGUGGUAAACAAGAUUCCUCAGAUGCAAAUACAGGAGCAUUACAAAGCUUCUCCAGUUCGUGGCUCAGAAAGCUCAAGCUGAAACUACAAAUCUACUAGGAAAAUAAUAGGAGUGAGCCAGAAAAAGAACAUGAAAGUUGGUAAGGUCAAGAGGAAGAAUUUCAGGCAAGAUGGUAGAGAAUAUCCUUCAAGAAGAAGACUGAGAUAA